AUGGAGCAGCUCAACUCGUUCAUCAUCACCAACAAGGCCGGUCUGGAGCAGUUCUACCAGAAGCUGGUGUCGGGCGCCCAGCGAGGUAAGGCGGCCAUGACCCAGGUGCCGGUCAAGGCCAAGCAGCGAUCGCUGGCCGUCGUCCACCAGUGGCUCGAGGCCAACCUGGCGGCACUAGAGCAGACUCUGCUCAAUGAUGAGAAGAACGGCGACAUGUGUAAGUACCACUACAUCACGGCCAUGUAA